GCCAUGUAGUACUUCAUGCAGAUUCAGACUUUUAUUAUUUGGGCCGCCACGGCCCCGCGCAUCCCGUCCACGCGGCUGGCGCUGCACCACUUCGACACGAGCUACAGCCUGCGCCUGGGCGCGCUGCGGCCCUCGGUGCGUGCUGGCCUGCUCUGCGAGCAGAAGUACGGGGCCCUCCUCAACAACUUCGCUGCUGCUGACCACGUUCCCCAAGAGCUGGAGCCGCUCAACGCCGCCGAUUUCGUUUCCGAGGCCUCCCAAAAGGCGCAGCAAUGGCAGCGCGGUGCAGCUGUGGGGGCAGCGGCCAGAGGGUGCCAGGAAGGCUCUGGAGAGGGCAGGACUGUGAUGCAGGCAGAAAUGAUGGCACAGGCAGAGAUGAUGGCACAGGCAGAGAUGUCCCCACCACUUGGCGCCUCCAUCAGCUCCAAAAUCAAGUGCUACACCUUCCCCAGGGGCGACAUCACGCGCUUUCGCCCUGCACGGCCGGAUUCUCUGGGGCUCCUCGACUAUUACCUCAUGGAUGCAGCAUCUCUCCUGCCUGUCCUGGCGCUCAACGUGCAGCCGGGUGACUUUGUCCUCGACCUCUGUGCGGCUCCGGGUGGGAAGACUCUGGCUCUGCUGCAGACUGGGUUUUGUGGGCAUCUGGCAGCCAACGACAUCUCCAUUUCCCGGACAAAGAGGCUGUACCAGAUUCUCCACAGCUAUGUCCCCAGAGAAGUCAGGGAUACUGUGAGUGUCACGUCCUAUGAUGGAAGGGACUGGGACCAGGUGAAAGGUGGCACUUUCCAUAAGGGGGCUGGGGCGGGAUCUCUGCUGCUGCAGGUGCUGGUGGAUGUUCCCUGCACGACAGACAGACACUCUGCCACGGAGGAGGACAACAACAUCUUCCACAAGAGGCGAACCAAGGAGCGUCAGAUGCUGCCCAUGCUGCAGCUGCAGCUGCUGAUGGCCGGGAUCCUGGCGGCGAAGCCGGGAGCAGAGGUGGUGUAUUCCACGUGCUCCCUGUCCCCGCUGCAGAACGAGUGUGUGGUUGAGAGGGCGCUGGACAUUGCAGAAGCCCAGUUCAACAUCAGCAUCCACGUUGAGGACUUGAGCCACUUCCGGACGCUCUUCCAGGACACGUUUUCCUUCUUCUCGGACUGCCGGCUCGGGGAGCUUGUCCUGCCUCACCUCACAGCCAACUUUGGGCCGAUGUAUUUCUGCAAAUUGCGUCGGAUGUAGAAGGGGUGACGCACUCUGUCUGCCGUCAGGGAAUAGCCCAGUAUUUAAGGGAGAGCAGAAUUGCUUUGUAUUUAUUUUUCUUUCUAAAAUCUCCCAAAGGAAGCCUGCUUUUUUACUGCAGACGUAGGGAAUAAAUGAGAAAGACCUGC